GUCAUCAAACCACGGCAUAUGGAUUACCCUGCUUUCUUAUCUCCAGAUCUAAAGGUCACAGUUGGGGGCCCUGAGUUGGAGACUCCUAGAGAAAGUUCAGAGCACUACAAAACCCUUCAGAAAGCUUUGAAAGAACCACCCCGAGCUAGACUGGAGAAAAUGAAAAAAGAAUAUCGGACAUUAAGAACAUGGCGUGAAAAGGCUGAGUAUUUAGACCAGCUGAUUUUAAAAAGAGGACCAAAAUCAAGACCUCAACCAAAGAAAUUUUCAGGUAUUCCACCUGACUUAUCUAAUAUGUAUUUACAAAUUCCUGCACCGGUACCAUCCCGUGUUGAAAGUGACUCAGAAGAACCAGCGAAAAGUGAAAUUUGUACAUCGGCUGAACAAGUUGAACUUCCAGAACUGAUUGUGGUAUCUAGCAGGCCCCAUUCACCAAGACUUUCAUCUGACAGAGCAAACCUGGAACAGAAGAUUAAAAGAGAACAAAUUUCUCACGUGUCUGAAACUUCUCUAUCUAGUUCUGGAGAAAUCACAGCAGAGUUUUCAGACAGCGGUGAUUCUGAACCCACUCCUCUUCCUGGUCCUAGAAGUAAAAUAGUACGUGAAGAGAGAUCUGUAAAAGAAGCACCUGCCUUGGACUAUCUAUCAGAACCAAAAGAGUUGCCUUCUAAGACUUCAAAGGAAUCAUUUUCUGUUUCUGAAAUUCCUGUGAGAAUCUCAGAUUCAGUUGUUGAACCAGAGCAGCAAUGGCCAUGGAAAGAGGUUACGUUCCAAGAUGCAUUUUUUAGUGGAAACAAGUUUGAACCCUUCCUGAGACGUGUUUAUAAAGUACAGCCACCUGCGCUUAGUAAAAACACAGUAGACUAUUCCAUUCUUUUAGAAAAAACAUACACACCUGUUGAUGUCAAAGAACAAGAAGACCAGGAUCCACCUCCGGAUCUGUAUUUGACAAAAGUAGACAGUGGCUUAGACCCCAAAUUAGUCAGAAGUGGUGAGCAACUUUCAAUAUUAAGACUUAUUGAAAAAAAAAUGGAUUUAGAAGAGGAAGAGAAAGUUGCAGUGCUAGAUGAAGAAGAAACGAAGCCAUCAACUACAACUUCGGAGUUGUAUACAAAGCCACGAGGGGAUAAGCUAUCAGAUGCAGAAAUAAAACAGGUUAAUAUUUACUUCAGAAACUCCCUCGAAUCUUUUCUUGUUGAUAAAGUUGUAAAAGUGGUAGCACUUAAAUCACUUUUGAGCAAAAACAUUGAAAACCUAGUUGCAGAGAGACUUUCAGGAACAGAGUCACCCCAAGAAUUAGAAGACAGCAGCACAUUAGAUAACAGAGUGAAAUGUUCUCUGAAAGAAAUAACAACUAGUACUACAGAUACGUUUUUAGAGCCAGACAUUAGUGAACUGAAAGAUGCUGUGAGUCAACAUUUGCAGGCUCAACUUAUAGAGAAAUUUUCUGAAAAAGGUAUAAUCCCAGAUAUGGCACCAUCAGAGAACAACCAGAAGGUGUCUCUCCAGAGUUCUAGUGAUUUGCUCAAGAAAAUAAGUUUAUUGAAAGACGUAACUUCACAAACUGAAAUAAUAACAAUAAAAUCAUUAAGUGAUAAUGAAGUAAGAGAACUUUCCAAAUCUGAAUCCAUGUACAGUAAAGAAAUGAGUCACAAAAACAAGCCAGUAUUUACAGAGGCAGAUUUAUCUGAAGGCAGAAAAGAUGAUCACAAGGAGCCUAUUUUACUUCCUCCUAAAAGCCAAGCUAGUCUAGUUGAAGAGCCAAAAGUGGAUUUAAAAAAUACACCCUCAAAAAAGUCAUUAGAAAUCAUUAGAGUAAAGUUACCGUUCAGCACCGAAACAGAUAAUAUAAAAAAAAAUGUUUCCCUCCAUGAUACCCUCCUUCAAAAGAUUUUAAAAGCAGAAAUCAAAAGUUUAAAAUCAUUUUUAAGCAAAGGGAUUCAGGACCACCUUAAGGAUAAACUUUCAGAAACUGGAUUAAGUGAAGAAGACUUAGAAACUGUGUGCCAGAAGUUGUCCUUGAAUGUGAGGGAGAAAUCUAAUGAGGGCUUUGAUGACAGUGUGUUAAGCAAAAGUAUUCAAAACCUUUUUGAGGUACUUUCAGAGAAUGAAAUUGCCAAUUUAAAGUCUGCAUUGAACAGGAAGAUCCAAGACCAUCUCUCAGAGAGAAUUUCAGAAAUUGGACUGAUCACACAGGAAGAGUUAAGGAAAAUACUUGAAACUGUGUUUCCAGUUGUAGCCAAAGAAACAGCACUCAGGGCAGCUAAAGGACCAGAUUUAGCUGGAGAAGGGCAAAGUGUACAGCAACUAUCCCAUGUAACCCAGAGUCUGCAAGACAGGUUCUCUGAAGAAGAACUGCAAAAUCUAAAGUCUCUCUGCAACAGACUUUUGAAAGAAGGCCAUGGAGACAAACUUUCAGAAUUAGAAAUGAAAGGUAUAGCAACUGUUUUGCAAAAAAACUUCGAGGUGCUUCCUGCACCAAGCAGUUCUGAAACUGGGAGAAGCAAAGAAGUGGAAAUAAAGGAUGUGGAUCAUGAAGUAUCUCUUUCAAGUAUUGAAAGCAUUUCAAAAGUUAGUGAGGUAGACUUACCUGACAAAGCAAAACAUCCUUCAUAUGAAAACCUUCCUAAUACUUCAACUGCAGGUGAAAAAUGUAGAAAGGAAAGUCUAGACCUUCCUACGAACAGUAGUUUCGAAAUACAGACAAAGAACCAAGAAACCCAGACGUCUCUUACCAAAAAAGUGAAACCGACUUCUAAAAAAGAACGUUACAGAUUGCCAGGUUACCCUGAUAAUCUGGAGGUGUCAGAUUUGAAGAGAAGGUCCUUUGAAGAAAUAUCACAAAACAAGCCUCAAAAGGAACCAGUGAAGAAAAUAUCUGAACCAUUUGCCUUUUCCUCUUUUUUGAGUGCACAUGACAUUGGAGCCCAAACUGAAAUUAAAAAUUAUCUUUCCAAGUCUCCAAAUUAUCCUUCUAAGCCUCCCUUUCCAGUGAACCCUCAGACUUUUCUUUUUUUACACCCAGAUUCUGAGGAAGAAGCAAAGCCGGCCUGCAAGUAUCAUCAAAAGGCCAAAGUCAAGAAGUCUGAUAGAAAGAAGGAUGCUGCGUUGCACCACUCACAGCAAGGAGGGCCAAAUCCUUCAGUCAAAAAAGAAAAGGCAAAUAGCAGAAGUCUAGCUAAGGAUGUUUUAAAAGAAAAAGGCAAAAAACAUGGUGAAUUGUCUUCUAAAAAAUUGGGCACAACAGAAAACAAGAAGGAUUCAAAAACAAUAUUAUCUAUGAGUGGUGUAAGAAAGGAAAGCAUGAAACAGAAGCCUGAGAAGAAACGUGAUAAUGAAGUCAAACCAAAAAAAUCAUUUAGCAAGACGGCUACCCUGUCUGAUUCACAACUAUCAAAAAAUGUUCAAGAAAAAUCUUCUACAAUUAAAUUUCCUACUACUGGGCAUACAAAAGCAAAUUCAUUGAACUCUAUAGGCAUAGAAGAUUUAGAUUUGGAAGCUUACAAGCAUCUUGAAAAAGCAAUCGAAAGAGCACUUCUUGAUUUACAAGGCGUUGAGGAAGGGAGCUGCAGCCAGGGAAGAUCAAUUUCUGCUCCAAAUGUUGCUGCUCUCAUGUCUAAAGAUGCACUUCGAUCAUUUCCUUCUGCACUGGAGACGCCAAGAAAUCAAGCAGGCACAAUAUCAGACAUGCUCAACAACCAGGACCAAAUCUUAAAAAUGACACCUGAGCAGUUGGAGGUUGUUCUUAAGGUUCUCCACAAAAUCCUGAGGCAGAACUCUAGACCCCCAAAUAAUGGAUGAAUCUUAGACUUCUGAUCCUCAGCCAGCUAGAAGUGUACUUUUGGGUUACAAUUUUCCCCUGGCCAUAAUGAAAAAUAAAACACUCUUAGUACA